AUGGUGGAUGCCGGCCUGAAGGUCGGGAAGUUCCUGCUAAUCGACGUCCCCGACGAGGAGCUGGUAGUGCGCGGCUGCGGAAGGCGCCUGGACCCGGAGUCUGGCGAGAUCUACCACCUCAAGUUCAAGCCGCCCCCGCCGGAGAUUGUGGACCGCCUCGUCCACCGCAGCGACGAUCAAGAGGAGGCCAUCCGCAACCGGCUGAGGAUCUACCGCGACCAGGUCAACGGGAUCCUGCCCUUCUUCAAGGACGUCGUGAGCGAGAUCGACGGGACGGGCAAGCCAGACGAGGUGUUCGCCCUGGUCGGGUCGUCCCUGGAUUCCUUGAGGGCUCCGGCCAUGGCAUGA